GCGGCCCCUCCCCCUCUACAGCCGAUCUGGAAAAGAAAAAAAAAACUUUUUUGUACCGAAGGAAUCAACAGCCGCCAUCUUGUCGUGGCUCGGAAUUAGGAUUUCGGUCCAACACUGGGUUUUACGUAGAAAUCGAGCAUCCUUCCCGUGAUAUGACAGCGGCCUUCUGCCGAAAACGAAAUCGUAAUAUCGCUUCGGAGACAUUUUGUGCGAAAAAACGGGAAUUGGAUUGGUGGUCGUCGGGCAGAAAAGCUCCGUAUAUCUGAUUUCCCCUUCAGAGUGCGGUGAUUCAGCCCCUGUCGCCGUUCGGGAGCAGUAUUGUUUACCGUGGGCAAGCGGUGAGCAGAUCGUGACUUUCGAAGAGAUUUGCAAAAAUACGGCAUUUUUAUGCAAUUGUGCAUUUUUGUGGAGCUUCGCGCGAUUUUUGCAUGAAGAAUUUUGACGUCACGCAAAAUGGGUACUUUGAACAUCUAGAAAUUACGACUUUUCUCCCGGAAUGCAGCAAUCCACCUGAUUUAACUGGAUCGUCAGUGUGAGGCUCGAUUUUUACAUGGGGAAUAUUUUAUUUUGGGGUAUUUAACGAUAAUAAUGUGGGUGUUGGGUGUUGGAUUAUCAUGGGGUGAAUGGCGGUGGCGAAGCGGGGCGCUAUUGCAUCUCUUUUAAAAGACACUGACUCUCACGGCGAGGAGUAGCUAAACGCUAACAGUUACUUUAGCUGGUAGCAGGCAAUUAGCUAGCUAUUAGCCAGUUAGCCAACGUUAGCAGGCUGUCAGCUUGCUAACGUGCUAACCGGGAAGGUUUUUGGUGAUUGAACAACUUUCUACUAAUAAGCUAAUCAGAAUCAUCAACUUAAGCGACCGGCCAGGCAAGAUUUCAACUAUGGCUGAAAACCUGCUGGACGCCGGACCUCCACUCUCUAAGCGGCCGAAGCUGAAUUCACCUGCACUGUCAACGUCUGAUGGACAAGAUCUUGGGUCACUCUCCUGGGACGAUUUGGAGAAUGACCUUCCAGAUGAGUUGAUCCCCAAUGGAGGUGAUAUUAGCCUGAUGGGCGGGAUGCCUUCAAAUGGUGGAGCAGCACCUGGAGCUGGCGGACCAGGAGGCACUCAGUCAGGACUUGGCGGUGGCAGUGCCUCUGCCGUCCCAGAUGCAGCGGCCAAGCACAAGCAGCUCUCAGAGCUGCUUCGGGCUGGUACUACUUCUAAUAUAGGCACAGCUAGCUCUCAGCCAGGCAGCAUGGGGCCACAGUUAGGAGCACCACUGGGUAAGAGCCCUCUUGGCCAGGGCUCCCCCAACAACCACCCGUCCCCUCAGGCCCAAAAAGCAGGAACCCCAACUGGAGUAGCAGGACAGAACAACAACAACAAUACUGCAACUAUGGGCUUAAACACAACUGGGUUCAGUCAGGCCAUGAUUAACAACAACCAGGGCCAUACUGGACUCCUGAACCAGGGAGGGCAGCCGCAGCCUGGGCAAGUGAUGAAUGGUGGCCUUGUACCUGGAGCUGGGAGAGGACGUGGGGCAGGGGUAACAGGCAUGCAGUACCAGGGACAGACAAUGCAGGGAACUGCAACAGGACAAGGAGGAUCAGGUAGUGCAUUGGCAGAGACGCUCACACAGGGAGGGCAACAGAUGGGAGCUCACACUACCCUCAGUACUGCUCAGCAAGCAGGCAACAUGAACAAGAUGGGCCUGGGUAGUAAUGGUCCGUUCGGGGCGCAGUCCUAUGGUCAGGGAGCUACAGGACCUGGCCAGCAGCUAAACCCUCAGCAGCAGCUCCAGAACAAGUCUGCCCUUGCCAACAGCCUGCCACCCUUCCCUAAUGAGCUCAAAGGAGCUGCUGUUACUAGCGUGCCAAACAUGCAGCUCCAGCAGCAGCCGCCUCAGCAGCAGGCAGCAAUGCUCCCGCUGGCUGGCGGCGGAGGUGUGGCAGUGCCUUCGGCAGGCCCCACGGCCGACCCUGAGAAGCGCAAGCUGAUCCAGCAGCAGCUGGUCCUGCUGCUCCACGCACAUAAAUGCCAGCGACGAGAACAGGCUAAUGGGGAAGUGAGGGCCUGCGCCCUGCCUCACUGCCGCACUAUGAAGAACGUCCUUAAUCACAUGACGCACUGCCAGGCUGGCAAAUCCUGCCAGGUGGCUCACUGUGCGUCGUCCAGACAGAUCAUCUCCCACUGGAAAAAUUGCACUCGACACGACUGUCCCGUCUGCCUGCCGCUGAAGAAUGCCAGCGACAAGCGCACCCAACAGCCCAUGCUAAGCUCCCCGAAUACAGGCCUCCAGAACUCCAUGUCCUCUGUAGGCGUGGGCCAGCCUAGUACUCCCACCAUUAGUACCUCAGCCCCCAUAGACCCCAGCUCAAUGCAGAGAGCUUAUGCGGCACUUGGGCUGCCCUACAGCAGUCAGGCCACUGGACAGGCUCCAACCCAGCAGGCUCCAGGCGCAGGACAGACAGCAGGUGCACCGAACACCCAGGCUCAACAACAACUUCCACAGCAGAUGAGACCCAUCAGUGCACUUGGUAACCAGAUGGCUCUUGGAAAUGCAGCAAUGGGUGUGCCCACUUCAGAACAGACAAACCUGCACACAGACUCCCUUCCCAACACACUCAACACUAACAAUCAGCUGCUGUCAGAUGGGUCAGCUGUGGGCUCAAUGAGCAGCCUACCCACAGCAGCACCUGUCUCUGCCACAGGCUCCAGGAAAGCCUGGCAUGAGCACGUCACUCAGGACUUGCGCAAUCACCUCGUACACAAACUAGUACAAGCCAUAUUCCCUACCCCUGAUCCGGCAGCUUUGAAGGACAGACGAAUGGAGAACUUAGUGGCCUACGCCAGAAAGGUGGAAGGUGAUAUGUAUGAGUCAGCUAACAGCCGGGACGAGUACUAUCACUUUUUGGCUGAGAAAAUAUACAAAAUCCAAAAAGAGUUGGAGGAGAAGAGGCGCUCAAGGCUUCAGAAACAGAUCAUCAACCAGGCACCUAUGGCUGCCCAGGGAACCCAGCAACCAGUCCUAGCCCAGCCCAAUGCCUUGGGCCCACGACCACAGAAUGGACCUAUUCCUCUUCCCAACAUGCCAAAUCAGAUCAUGAGUCGCAUGCAGGCUUCACAAGGAAUCAACCAGUUUAACCACAUGACUCUACCCAAUGCCCAGAUGUCUCAAGCAACAAUGGGACCCCGUGCUGCCUCACCCAUGAAUCACCCUCAACAGAUGAACAUAAACUCAGUCCCAGCGAUGGGAAUGUCUCCCUCUAGGAUGCCCCAGGCCCAGGGCAUGAUGACUGGACACAGUGGAGGAAACAUGGUGGGUCAGACUGCCAACCAGGGUCAGUUUUUGCCUCAGAACCAGUUUCCUCCAGGAUCUGCUCCAGCUGCUGCAACGGGUGCGAUGAAUGUCACAGUGGUGCCAGGCAUGGGUCAGCCACAGGCACAGGCUGCUGUCACUCAGCUGUCUCAGCCAGGAGCCAGUCUGGAUAAUCGGGUGCCCACACCAGCCUCAGCCGCCAGCGCCGACCUGCACUCGCAGCAUGUUGGAGCAGACCUACCUACCCAAGAGGUCAAAACGGAGACGCACCAUGAUCAACAGGAAUUUGAGGCUGCUGGUGGAAAAACUGAGCCCAAGAUGGAGACUGAAGAUGAGUCUGCUUCAAUGUUGGCCAAGAAGGAAGAGCCAGAGGAAAAGCCGGAGCCCAUGGAGGUGGAGGAGAAGAAGCUGGAAAUUAAGACGGAACCCAAAGAAGAGGAAGAGGGUGGAGCUAACAGCACAACCACCUCAUCCCCAUCUCAGUCACGGCGGAAAAUUUUUAAACCCGAGGAGUUGCGCCAGGCUCUGAUGCCAACUCUGGAGAGUCUGUACAGGCAGGACCCCGAGUCCCUGCCCUUUAGACAACCAGUAGACCCUAUGCUCUUGGGUAUCCCGGAUUACUUUGACAUUGUGAAGAAUCCAAUAGACUUGUCCACAAUAAAGCGCAAGCUUGACACAGGCCAGUACCAGGAGCCCUGGCAAUAUGUGGAUGAUGUCUGGCUGAUGUUCAACAACGCCUGGCUCUACAACCGCAAAACAUCCCGUGUCUACAAGUACUGCUCUAAGCUGGCUGAGGUGUUUGAGUCCGAGAUUGACCCUGUCAUGCAGGGCCUGGGCUACUGCUGUGGGAGAAAGUACGAGUUCUCCCCUCAAACCCUCUGUUGUUAUGGCAAGCAGCUCUGCACCAUACCUACUGGAGGCACAUACUACAGUUACCAGAACAGGUAUCAUUUCUGUGAAAAAUGUUUCAAUGAGAUCCAAGGGGAUAGUGUGACGUUAGGAGAUGAUCCUGCACAACCACAGACGAGGAUAUCGAAAGACCAGUUUGAGCGGAAGAAGAACGAUGUCCUCGACCCUGAACCGUUUGUUGAAUGUAAAGAUUGUGGACGGAAGAUGCACCAAAUAUGCGUCUUACACUACGAGGUCAUUUGGCCAUCUGGAUUUAUCUGUGACAACUGUUUGAAGAAAAGUGGAAAAACACGAAAGGAAAACAAGUUCUCAGCAAGAAGGCUGCAAGCAACACGACUGGGAACGUACAUAGAGGACCGUGUGAAUAAAUACUUGAAGCGACAAAACCACCCAGAGGCUGGGGAAGUGUUUGUACGAGUGGUGGCAAGCUCUGAUAAAACGGUGGAGAUUAAACCAGGCAUGAAAGCUAGGUUUGUAGAUACAGGUGAAAUGCCAGAGGCCUUUCCUUAUAGAACCAAAGCACUUUUCGCAUUUGAGGAAAUUGAUGGUGUAGACGUGUGCUUCUUCGGCAUGCACGUACAGGAGUAUGGCUCUGAGUGCCCAUUCCCCAACACUAGACGGGUCUACAUAUCAUACCUUGACAGUAUUCACUUCUUCAGACCUCGGAUUCUACGAACAGCCGUUUACCAUGAGAUCCUUAUUGGCUAUCUAGAAUAUGUCAAGAAACUUGGAUAUGCCCAGGCCCACAUCUGGGCAUGUCCUCCCAGUGAAGGUGACGACUACAUCUUUCACUGCCAUCCUCCUGACCAGAAGAUCCCCAAGCCUAAAAGACUGCAGGAGUGGUACAGGAAGAUGUUGGACAAGGCUUUUGCUGAGAGGAUCCUGCAUGACUACAAGGAUAUCUUCAAACAGGCAACUGAAGACCGACUGACCAGCGCCAAUGAGCUUCCUUACUUUGAAGGUGACUUCUGGCCUAAUGUGCUUGAAGAGAGCAUCAAGGAGCUGGAGCAGGAGGAAGAAGAGCGGAAGAAGGAGGAGAACACAGCUGCCUCUGAAACUCCAGAGGGAACACCAAGUGACAGUAAAAACGCUAAGAAGAAGAACAACAAGAAGACCAAUAAAAACAAGAGCAGCGUGAGCCGAGCCAAUAAGAAGAAGCCUGGGAUGCCAAAUGUAGCUAAUGAUUUGUCUCAGAAGUUGUAUGCCACCAUGGAGAAGCAUAAAGAGGUGUUCUUCGUGAUUCACCUUCAUUCUGGGCCCAUGGUCAACACUUUGCCGCCCAUCGUGGACCCCGACCCAUUGCUCUCCUGUGACCUGAUGGAUGGCCGUGAUGCCUUCCUGACUCUGGCAAGGGACAAGCACUGGGAGUUCAGCUCCCUCAGGAGGUGCAAGUGGAGCACCAUGUGCAUGCUUGUUGAACUGCACAACCAGGGACAGGAUCGCUUUGUCUAUACUUGUAACGAGUGCAAGCACCACGUGGAGACACGCUACCAUUGCACUGUGUGCGAGGACUUUGAUCUUUGCAUUAAUUGCUACAACACAAAGGGCCAUGAGCACCAGAUGGUCAAGUGGGGUCUUGGCCUGGAUGAUGAUAACAACAGCCAGAGUGGGGAGGCCUCCAAGAGCCCACAGGAGAGCCGGCGUUUAAGUAUUCAACGGUGCAUUCAGUCCCUGGUCCAUGCUUGUCAGUGUCGCAAUGCCAACUGCUCUCUGCCGUCCUGCCAGAAGAUGAAGCGAGUGGUACAGCACACCAAGGGUUGCAAACGCAAAACCAACGGUGGCUGUCCUGUAUGUAAGCAGCUUAUUGCUUUAUGCUGUUAUCACGCAAAGCACUGCCAGGAGAACAAGUGUCCUGUCCCGUUCUGCCUGAACAUCAAGCACAAGCUUCGCCAGCAGCAGCUGCAGCACAGGCUCCAGCAGGCCCAGUUGAUGAGGAGAAGAAUGGCCACCAUGCAAUGCAGAACCAUGCCGCUACCAUCCCCACCGCCAUCAGCUGCCCCUAGCACUCCCACUUCCCACACUCAGCCCAGCACUCCCCAAACACCCCAGCAGCCUCUUUCCAACCAGCCGCAGACCCCCAACUCAGCAGGCGUCAUGUCCCCGUCUUUCUCCAAUGCACCUCGCACUGCCCAAGCUCAGGCACCGGUGUCUCAGGGCAAACCUGGGCCCCAGGCCUCCCCUCUACACCAGCAGCAGUCCCCUCUCCCUCAGCCCCCCCAACCAUCACAGCAGCUAUCUCAGCAGCCACCUCCCAUCGCUGCAGUCAAGAUGGCACAGCGCAUCGAAAUGAUGGCGCAGGCCCAGCAGAACCAGCGGAACUACCGUGUCAACGUGAAUGGUUUGCCCAUGAAUCCCCAGCAGCCACAACAGCGCAUGACGGCACCAAUGCAGCCAGCAAUGCAGAUGGUGCCUGGGCCCCGGGGACCACCAGUCAUGCAACCUGGUAUGGCCACUGGACAGUGGGGUGGAGCUUCAGGCCCCAUCCAGCCAGGUCAAACUCAACAACCAGGUCUUGUUCCAGGCCAGUCCCCACAGCAGCCCAUGGCCAUGCAGCGAGCCAUGAUGCCACCAGGGCAGCAACCCCAGCAAAGCCAGAGGAUACUGAUACCACAGCAGCCCGGUGCCCGGCCACAGACUCCCCAGAGAGCUGGAGCUAUACCUCCAAAUGCUCUGCAGGACCUCCUCCGCACCCUAAAGUCUCCCAGCUCACCCCAGCAGCAGCAGCAAGUUCUAAACAUCCUCAAAUCAAACCCUCAGCUAAUGGCUGCGUUCAUUAAACAGCGAACAGCCAAGUACCAUGCCAACCAGCCGCAGCAGCAACAACAACCGCAACAGCAGCAACAAGCAGGCCAACAACAGCAGCCUGGCAUGCCAGCAAUGCAGAAUAUGGCUAUGUCUGGAGGGGCAGUGCAAAGGACGGGGAUGCCACCACAGCAACCACAGCAGCCUCAAGUGCAGGGCAUGGCUGCAUUAGGGACUCAAGGGCAGCUGAACACCGCGCACAAUGCAAACCCCCAGAUCCAGGAGAUUUUCCGCAGGCAACUCUUAUUGCAGCAGCAGCAGCAGCAGCAGCAACAGCAGCAACAGCAGGGAGUGUUACCACAGAGCCACCCGGGUCAGUUUGCUGCUCAGUCGCAGGGUACAACACCCACCUACUCCCAGCUCCGAAUGCAACAGCAACAACAGCAGCAAAUGCAAAUGCAGGCAGGGGCACCUGGAGGCCCCAUGGGUCAGCUCCCACCAAUGGCUCAGAUGGCCCAGUCUGGCAUGGGGAUGGACUCGACCCAAAAUUUACUGCAUCAACGACUGCUUCAGCAGCAGCAGCAACUUCCCCAGCAGCAGGCUGUCCUAAAGCAGCAGAUGGGCUCCCCUGGCCAACCAAGCCCCAUGAGCCCUCAAACCCACCUCCUGGCUGGGCAGACUCAAGGCGGAGCCCACCUCCCCAGCCAACCUGCUUUAGCCAACGCCCUCAGCAACCAGGUCCGCUCCCCAGCACCAGUCCAGUCCCCUUGUCCACCCUCGCAGCAGCCCCCACAUUCCAGUCCUUCGCCGCAGGUCCAGAACCAGCCCCAACCCUCACCUCAGCACCCACCCCCACCCCACUCGGGUUCACCCCACACAGGGCUUGGGGGCCCACUGCAGUCGAUGGAGCAAGGACACUUGGGGACACCAGAACAAAGCGCCAUGCUACCGCAGCUUAAUACGCCCAACAGAGGAGGGCUGAGCAAUGACUUGGGGAUGGUAGGAGAUGCUACAGGGGACACUCUGGAGAAGUUUGUGGAGGGAUUGUAGCAUUUCUGCUGGGAACUAAAGAACAUAUUGUCACUCCCACGGACCUGUCCUCCCACUCCUCUUCCUCGUUUUCCCUCAAACUCUUUAUCCCGUUAGAGGGCUUUGUUUGUUCUUUGUAAGGCUGACAACGGUUUUUGUACUGACAUGUAAAAAGUUUCAAACGUUGCAACAAAACAAGAAAAUUUGGUUCAUUUAAAAUAAAAAAUAAAAAAUUCAAAACCUUUAGGGAAUGUAAUUGUUUCCUAACCCUAAAUGGUAGGUAUUUCUUCCUUGGGAUGUUGAGGGAUUUGCAAGUUGCUUCUUAAAAUGAAAUUAAAGUCACAAAGAAUAUAUUUUUUUGGUUGAGACCAAAUGUGUUCAGUACUCAUUUUUUUAAAAAAAUUUUGUUUGUUUGAUUUCUUGUUUUUUGGGGGGGUUGUUUGUUUAUGGGUUCAUGCCUUUCUUUCUUUUUUUUCUUUUUCUUUCUUUCUUUCUUUCUUUUUUUUUUUUUUACAAAAAUGUAAAGUUGCAUUAUAUUAUUCAUAUCUUUAUUUUGUACCUUUUGAGAAUUUUUGUUUCUUUUUUGUUUCUUUUUUUUCUUUUUUUGGAAACUGUAAAAUAUUUUGUCUCUGAAUUGGGCCAGGUUUUUGUUAUCUUCACAAGCUGUCAUUCCUGGCAAUUGUAAUCUAGUGUUGUACUAUUACUGCAAGAAGAUGCGUUCAGGGACAAUGACCGCUCCCAUUCUUUUUGUGUGUAUGAAGAGCACUCAUUUGUAUUAAAGUAGGAAAUGGCCUGCAGCAGUUUGUGUAAACAGGCAUGUAUGCAGGAGCACAUGAAGACACUGACACAAACCCUCACCGUCACUAAAGCCGCGUUUCCACCACAGGAACUUUUACCAGGGACUAGGGACCAUACUUUCAGUUACGUUUGGGGUAAUUAUUUAACCCCCCACCAAAAAGGUCCCUGCUUUGGGUGGUUUUGAAGCGUUGAACAUUUCUGAUUGGAGUACCCGUCUUUACCACCAACUCCAGGGUGUAAAAGCAGCCGUCUCUUUUUAUUAUGUCAGCGGAUUUAUUUUUUUAUUUUAUUUUUUUUCUUUUGCUUAAUUUUCACGGGCCUUUUAAACAUUUUUUUAUUUCCUUGGAAACAAAAAUUUCUGUGACUACGACUUCCGGGUACUUUUGGGUGGACACGCGGCUUAGGAGAUAUACAGCUGAUUGGUUCACCAAUAAGGACUGCAGCCUACAACUCAGUGGCCUGGAAUUUGGAAACGUCUUGCAGGUGUAGAAAGUUGUUGCUUUGACAUUAAAAAGAAUUUGUCAUACUUUUUGUCAUACAAAUGUUGUAAAGUGUAAAGAGAUUGUGAGAAAGAGACCAGCCCCCUAAGCUGAGGUGGAAUGAGCAGUGGUUGUUUGUAGGCAAUGUCUCUGAUGAUGCCCAGUUCUCCAAAUUUUACACUAAGUUGUGUGCUAUCAGGGGAUGAUGGGCACAUUUGAGAUUCACCUGGAGGAGAACUAAAUGUCAUCAACCCUCAUUCCUCUCACAAAAAAAAAAACUUGAAUUAGGGGGAUUUACUUUUUCUCCUAUUGUAAAUCAAGUUAAGCAAAAUACUAUAGAUAUAAGGAAGAGCAAAUGAAAUCACUGUAUAAACUGGUAAAAGACUCAUUUCUUACUUAUAUACCAUAUUGUUAAAUAAACUGUGUGCAACAGAAGAACUCCAGUACUCUGUUGACUAAAUAAUGAGG